AUGCCCAGGGAUGCAGUAAAGGCUAUUCAUAUCACAAGUAAAACUACAACAAGAGAGGUGAUUGUAGCACUACUGAGAAAGUUCAAAGUUGUUGACAAUCCACAAAAGUUUGCCCUGUACGAGAGGAAUAUUGACUCAGCACAGUCAGGAAAAGCAAGGCUUCGGAGGCUGGGGGAUGGUGAGUGCCCGCUAGUCCUGGCACUUAACUGGAGUGCCGGAGGGCUGACCAACAAGCGCCUAGUCUUGCAGGAGAAUGACACUGCAGACAUACAGUGGGAAGCUUUCAGCCUGCCAGAACUCAGUAAUUUUCUGAGAAUCCUAGACCGAGAAGAGGAGGAAUACCGAUGUCAAAUUCAAGACAAAUAUGCUUUGUUGCGUCGAAGAAUUCACAAUAUCCUGAUUCAGCAGGAAGCGGAGUAA